AUGGUCCGAAUCAAGGAGAGAUACGUUCUCGUCAAUAUUUUGUAUCCUCCAGAGAAUUCGAACCCACAAGCACCCAAUGUCCCAGACUUCGUGGUCAUGCACCAGCCGACGACGGGCAGUCUCACUCCUCUGUCUCUGUUGAAGGCGAUCAAACUCGAGGCCGCUGCUCUGUUUGGCGACUACGGUUCUGGUGCCUUGGAAGGAAAUCUCCAAGUCAAGUACCUUUCUCCCGCAACAUCAACCUUCAUUUUGAAAGUGAAGAGAGCACACUACCGUCUUGUCUGGGCCGCCCUGACUUUUAUGAAUCACGUGCCUCUGAAGGCCGGAGAUGGCAAGCCCUGCACCUUCAAGGUCGUCAGAGUGAGUGGUACCAUUCGAAAGGCUGAAGAGGAAGCCGUCCGACGCGCCCGGCAGCUCGUGUUGGCUGCCAAGGACUCUGCUACUGCCGCUGCUAGUGGCGCGCUGCCGCUAUUUACCGAGUCCAGGAUCCCGGCCGAGGACACCAUGAUGUUCGACGCGUCGGAUGUCUCUGAUGAGGAUGACAUGGUUGAAGAAGACGGCUGA